AUGCUCGAGGUUCGCAGCGUGGCUAACAGGGCGUUAUCCGAGAGGCAGCGCGACGCCGCUGUGGCGUGGGUGGCCGGCGGAGGCGGCUCGGCACCUCCCGCCGGCGCGGAGAGGCUCGGGGUGCUGCUGGCCCGGCUGGAGGCCCACUGCGAGGCCGCCGCGGAGCGGCUGGCGCAGCCCGGAUCCGCGGGGGGGUCUGCGGCGACCGGAUCUGGCAUGGUCGUGUGGGACAAGGGGCGCGACGCGCUGCGCGCCGAGCGGCGCCUCGCGGCGGAGCGGCUGCGCGCGCUGGAGGAGCGCUGCGCUCGCGGCCCCGCGCCCGUCGCGGCAGCGCGGCGGGCCCCCGAGGCGGCCGCCGCGCUGCGGCGCGAGGAGCAGAUGCGCCGCGUGCGCCGCUGGGCGGAGGCGCAGCGCGAGGGUCGGGAGGUCUGA